GUCACAGGCAGCUUAAGCAUCCUACUCAAGUUCUAGUCGAUCCAUUAAUUUGUUUGCUUGAUUCCGGUAGGGAGGACUCAAACUUCCGACGAUUCCUUUGAUUCCGGUGAUACUUUGUAGGUAGUAUUUGGGAGGAUGGGGAGAUCAUCGUCAGACCUGCGGUUCUUCGAACUCAACACCGGCGCCAAAAUUCCUUCUGUCGGUUUGGGUACAUGGCAGGUGAAACCCGACGACGUUGGACGAGCGGUUGAAAUUGCCGUUAAGGCGGGAUAUCGUCACAUCGACUGUGCUAAAUUCUACGGGAAUGAGGACAAGAUUGGUUCCGCUUUGAAGAAGCUGUUUGAAGAUGGUGGUGUUGUGAAGAGAGAGGAUUUGUUUAUCACCUCCAAACUCUGGUGUACUGAUCAUCUUCCAGAAGAUGUACCUGUGGGAUUUGAAAAAACUUUGCAGGAUCUGCAACUUGACUAUCUUGAUCUGUACCUCAUCCAUUUUCCUGUGCGGAUGAAGAAGGGAUCAAUUGGGUUUAACCCUGAAAAUCUGGUUCCAGUUGACAUCCCCAGCACCUGGAAAGCUAUGGAAUCCCUGUACGAUUCUGGUAAGGCCCGAGCUAUUGGAGUUAGCAAUUUCUCCACUAAGAAGCUUGGAGAUUUGUUGGCUGUAGCCAGGGUUCCUCCUGCUGUUAACCAGGUGGAAUGCCAUCCUCUGUGGCAGCAAACAAAAUUGCAGGAAUUCUGUGAAUCAAAGGGAGUUCACCUCACCGGAUAUUCACCUCUGGGAUCCCCUGAUACUAAGUGGUACAGGGGAAAUAGCGUUCUGAAGCACCCAGUGAUACUUGAGGUUGCGGAGAAGCUGGGAAAAUCUCCUGCACAAAUUGCUCUGCGUUGGGGACUCCAGAUGGGUCACAGUGUACUUCCGAAAAGUGUUACCGAACAACAAAUCAAAGAGAAUUUGGAUGUUUUUGGCUGGUCCAUUCCUGAAGAUUUGCUCCCCAAGUUCUCUGAAAUUGAGCAGGCAAAAUUGAUGACGGGAACCAGCUUUGUGGACGAGACUUAUGGGGAUUACAAAACAGUUGAAGAACUCUGGGAUGGUGAGAUCUGAGGGUUGAAUGCAUUCCAUCUUCAUGGUUUCCCUUAGUUUUGGGACAUUGUUGCCUGUUUGUUACUUCUUAGAUCAACCAUGAUAUCACUUGUUGUCUGUUUUUUUAGAAUCGUUUUAUUGAACUUGUAGUUUAUUUUUAUUUUGUCCGGACUGUAGUUUCAGUCAUAGGACAACAAAAUAAAAAGGGAAUUAGAACAUUUGAGUUUGAAGUUCAGAACGUGAUGGUGCAUUGGAUGAUAGGAGUGUCCUCCUCCGUUGCAAAUUCAUAUAUUUUGAACUAUGCACACUGUAGAGAGAAGGGAG